UGGGCAGCCCUCCGAGGGGCCGGCACAGGGCUCACUAUAAAUCGGCGGCUGCGCACGCAGGGUCACUGCAACGCGAGGAGCAGGAUGGAGAUCCCGGUACCUGUGCAGCCGUCUUGGCUGCGCCGCGCCUCGGCCCCACUGCCCGGACUUUCGGCGCCCGGACGUCUCUUUGACCAGCGCUUCGGCGAGGGGCUGCUGGAGGCCGAACUGGCUGCGCUCUGCCCCACCACGCUCGCCCCCUACUACCUGCGCGCACCCAGCGUGGCUCUGCCGGUCGCCCAGGUGCCGACGGACCCCGGACAUUUCUCGGUGCUGCUAGAUGUGAAGCACUUCUCGCCGGAGGAAAUCGCUGUCAAGGUGGUGGGCGAACACGUGGAGGUGCACGCGCGCCACGAGGAGCGCCCGGAUGAGCACGGAUUCGUCUCGCGCGAGUUCCACCGCCGCUACCGCCUGCCGCCUGGCGUGGAUCCGGCUGCUGUGACGUCCGCGCUGUCCCCCGAGGGCGUCCUGUCCAUCCAGGCCGCACCAGCGUCGGCCCAGGCCCCACUACCACCACCAGCCGCCGCCAAGUAGAGGGCGGGGCCACGCCCGCACCCCGGGCUCCCUCUUUUAAAGCUGAUCUGACUCCGCCCAGCCAGAUGUCCUGAUCGCGCCCAGGACUGUCCUCUCAGCCACUCCUGGAUUCUGCCCUGACCUCCACCCUAGACACUGCCCUGAUAACCUAGCCCCUUCCUCUGACACCCUCACUGUCACACCCCCUCCAGCUUUCAGACUUCACACCGACACCUCCCUGGCUUCCAGACCCUACCAGCCCUCCCCUAACCCUCAACCCACUUUCUUGGCAUAUAGCCCCACUUCAAACCGCUGCUCUACUUCCUUCUGAGUACUCGGCAAAGAUAUCCGGGUACCACAUUUCCAUCCCUUUCCUGCUUUGACACCAAAUUAUUGUGUAGACAGCACUCCCCCAACCCCAGGACAGUCAGGCACAAUCCCUCCACGCCACAAAUGUCCCGGACUGCACAGACCUCCCACUCCAGAUCAUCCGGGCCUGGUUCCCAAGACCCAAUCCUUCCGCGGCAACCAGACAAUCCACAACUGGCCCCUCCAGCCCAUUUUCUGCCAUAAAACUCCAGCCAGCCUCACUAGGCUCUGGAACUCUUUUCUGACUGCCCCAUCUUGGACACCUAUCCCAGGCCAACCAGAACACCCAACCCCAAAUUGUAUAGACUCUCCUGCCCCAACCUUCCCAGACUCUGCACAGAUGUCCUAGGUCCCCUCCCCAACUCUGACAAGACACCUUACCCCAUCCCUUUGUCUUGAUCCCCAAGUCUCCAAUACGAAAUCUCCUUGGCAACCCACCUCCCACCCUCCUCUUCUUCAAGACCCAACCGAGCACCCCCUCUGAUUCCCCACAGCCUUUCUCCCUGCCACCACUCUGUCACUUUCCCAGGCUCACUCUCCCAAUAAAUUUGUUGGAGCUCUGCCAA